AUGAGAUGCCUUAAAAGAGAUGUAAAGUGCUAUGGAGAGUUGAAAGAUUCUCUCAAAUUCAUUCAAAAUACAACUAGUCAAUGUGGUAGAUACUCUUCAAUAUUAGAAGACAAAUAUCUAGAUUCUAGAGAUCCUCAUCAAGCUGUUUCAGUAUCUAGCUUAAUUGCCUUAGCAGAUAUAUGGACAAGAAGAGCAACAGCAAUCAUAUCUUUAGAUAAAUCUUAUAAAAACUUAGUUGCUGAUUGUAUUUAUCCGUGUCUGCAUUUAAUAGAUAUUUUAAGGCUUUUAAUACUGGCAUAUAGGCUACCUGUACUCUUAAAAUAUGUUGCUCAUUUGGAAGAUAUAUUUAAGUUUUAUAGUGAAUUUUUAUUUAAGAUUAAAUUGAACCAAGUAAAUUUAAGUAUAGAAAAUUUGGGAGAUUCAGUGAGUGGCUUGAAAAUGCAUCUUUACGACAUUCAUAAUCUAUUGGCGAUAAGAUACAUCACAAAUUGGGAAAAAAAGCACAAGAAAAUUAUGGAAUGUUUAAAUAAAUGGUCUUCCUCUACGGAUUCAAAAACAAUUUUUGGAGAUAUAUCAUUAAAAGAUAUACAAGAAAUGAUUGAUGAUUAUAAUAAUAUAAGCAAAGUGGAAAAUAUUGGUAAGUUACACAAAAAUUUAAUUAGGGAACCACAAUCUAUUAUUAUUUCAAAGAAAUUACUAGACAAUAUACAGGAAAUAAAAGAUCAGUUAAUUCAAACUUUAAAUUCCAAACCUAUCAAUAUUAAUAAUUUAAAAAGUAUGGUUCGAUAUAUAUUAAAUUGUCUCCCAAAAGAUAAUGGUAUAGAUAUUAAACCACUGGUCCAUACUAUAAGAAAUUUUAAUAAGACAGAGUCCUUACUUGAUGAGUUUGUUAUAAUGGAUAUUCAAGAUAAAGACGAUGCAAACAUAAGUAAUCUGGAUGAUAUUUCUAGAAAAUAUAUAUUUCCCAAAUUUGAUAAAUAUAUUUGUAUUAGAGAUACUUUGAAUGAAUGGAAAUCCUUAGUCUUAAAUUUAUAUGCAACUAUAUUUCAUGAAGAAAGUAUAAAUAAAUACUAUCUAAAUACUGUACCUAACAAUGCAGAAAUUAAUAAUACAGAAAACAAAGAUCAAUUUAGUAUUGAUAUUGAUUUUAAUGGAGCUGAUACUAAUAAUAAGAAUGUUAACUCAAAUAUUCAGCUUAAAAACUUAAUAUAUUUUAAGUAUGAUAUAUGUAAUAUAACCAAUAUUUAUUUACUUAUACCUUCAGAAAUGGCUAAAAUUAAAAGAUGUAUUGGAAUUUAUGUUGAAUAUCCAAGUUUUAUUGAUAAAAUACAAAAUCAGGAAUAUAAAAAGAAAUUACAACUCAUCAAAAAAGAAUUUGAGAUUUAUAAUAAUUGGUUGAUUGAAAUUAAGCAACAAGUUGAAUCCAAAAAUAUAGCAAAUAUUCUAAAUAUGAUCGAUAAAACGUAUAAUUUACGAAUUAAACCAACUGAAAAUGAUAUUGUCUUAAUAAAAACCUUAUUAUCGGAUGCUAGAGAUUCAUUGGAGCAAUUUGAUAUGUCUUUAUCUACUCCAGUAAAUCUCAUGAAUGAUAAUAUAGAUGAACAGUUAAACGCAUCAAAGUACUUAAAUUGGAAAGACUAUUCACUUAGACAGAACUUAUUUGAAUCUAAGCAAAAAUAUAAAAAUAUAGUUCUUAAUUUAAUUACAGGAAUAUUGAAUGAUCCAUUAUAUAUUCCUUUAUAUAAUGAGCACAAAUAUGAAGUACAGCUCGAGUUACUUAACAGUAUUAAUUGUACAGAUGAAAUUUACAAAUUGGGAAGUUUUUUGUGGUCUUUUGAAAAGUUUAUAUACAAUUACUCUGAAAUAAGUAGUAACCUAUCUUGCUCUAUAUCUCCUGAAGAGCUUCAAUCCGGUGAUAAUAUUGAUUACGUACGUAUGAAUUAUUUUUAUGACAAAAUCUUAUGUAGAAUGGCAUCUACUUCAUUUUUAUUAAUAUUCUGCACUCAGUUCUCCUAUAUCUACAGUAAUUCCAUUAUUAAAGGUUAUGUUGAUACUAUUAUGGAAUACUUAAAUAAGAAACCUACUGAGUAUUUAUUAACAAAGGGAGAGUUAUGUAAUGGUUUAAGCCUUGAAAUGUCAAAGGAAUACUGGUGUAAGAUAAUCCAAAGACUCUCAUCAAUGCAUCUAUUGGUUAUUUUUACUAAAAAGAUAAAGUUGGAAAAAAUAUCUAUAUGUACUAGUGAACUAGAAAAAUUAUAUAAAAAUAUAAAACAAACAGAAGUAGAUGGUAGAUGUAAUGAAAUUUGGUUAUUGGUUACGAAAUAUGUAUGUGAAUCAUUCGAUACUAUAGAGUGCUUUAAAAUGUGGAGAAAUUUAAGGUUAAUGCCAAGCAUCAACUCAUAUUCACUUAUUGAACCACUAGAUAUACUAUAUAGUGAGUUAUCAAGAACAUUGAAGAUGAGAUCAAUAGAACAUAUCUACUCUUUAUGCUUAUCUAAAACAAUUUAUGGCAAUAUUAAGGAUUAUAUUGAAGAUUUGGAUUUAAUAAUUAGUGAUGAAGCAAUUUGUACAGAAUUGAAUGAUAAGACUAUAGUAAUUAAGUCAUUGAUUAAUGAAGUUCAGAAAUGGUGUGAAGAAGCACUUGAAGUUAUUACCCAAAGUAUAGAUUCUUAUUCAAAAGCAGAUAGUCGUAAUGAUGAAAGCAUCUCAAUUUAUAAAUAUCAUGUACAAAAUCAGACCAAUGUUGGGUAUUACAAAUGUUGUGAAAUAAAUGCACAUUAUCCGCUAUCAUAUAAUGAAUAUUUUAUUUCUAAAGCUAUCAAUGAUUUUCCAUUAAGAAGUCUGGAUAUAAGUUCUAUAAAUAAUAAUCUACCAAUGAGUAUAUACUCAGACUUAGCUCUAACGAACUUUUCUUUAGUAAUAAACAAUGGCAAUUAUUGUAACAAAAGAGAAGACAGUGUAGUAAAAAACCAUACUAUUUUAGAUGGACUUUUAAAUCAUGUUUUAGAUAAAAUGAAGCAAUUACAAAUGAUGAGGCACAAAAUUUUAAUGCUAAUUCAAAAGCUUAGAAGUAUUACAGGAGAAGUUGAAGAAACUUCUCUUUGUGAUAUUUCUGAGACUCUAAUUAAUCAGAUAAAACAAAUUGAAGGUAGCAAUAUUUAUCUCUACAUUGACAAGAUACUGAAAACAUUAGGCUUUUUGAUUAAUGACAUUCAAUUAGAAAUAUCAAUAACUUUUUUGUUACUUAUAUGGGACUAUCCAGAUCUUGAAAAUGAAAUACUUAGAACUUCAGAUUUUUGGCCUGAUUGUAGAAAUAUGUGCAACUAUCAUUACUUACAAAAUAUUAUCUCUUCUAUAAAGAAAUCACCCAACUUCAAAGGACUUUUAAAUAGCAAACUUUGGAGUUUUAAUAAAAAUGAAAUUUUAAAUAGACUCAGAUUUAUUCAAGCUUGGAUAGAAGAAGUUUCUGAUCUACCUUUAAAUUCUUCCUUUAUAAAUCCAUACAAAGUCCUUGUUUUAUUUUCAAAGUAUAGUAAGAUUAUAAAGACACAAGUACAAAUGGACAAUACAUGUAUGAUAUGUAAUAUUUCACAAAUUAAAUUCAAUGAAACUAACUAUAUUCACUUCCCAGAAAUUCAGCUUAGUAUAAGUAGAUUAAAAUUAAUAGAAGCAUCUAAGAAAAUCUUACAUUUUUACAAUAAUAUUAAAGAAGAUAUUUGUUUUUUUUUUAGUUAUAUUAAGAACUCUAUUAAUGCAGAUUUGGCGAAAUUAGUAAGAGAUGGUAUAUACUCUCAUACUCCAACUAACUCUACCAAAUUCCUAAGAUUUAUGCCUAUAGAAGUAAUAGAAGCUUUAAGAAGAGAGUCAAAAAGUCACAUGAAUAUUCGAGAACUUCAAAAAGAUAAAUAUAUAGAGAAAUAUUAUAGAAAUAGUAGUGUCAAUUGUUCGCUUAUAGAGGAAAUGGAUCUAGUUUAUUUUUCAAGCUCAUUAUGUUUUGUAGGGCUGAAGUUUGUACAGAAAGUGUAUAAAAAUUGUGAACUAGAAACUAUUGACUUUACAUCUUGGUGUAAUCAGAUAUUCCUUACUUCAGUUAUUUCGAGUUCUCCAAUUGAUGCUAUCAAAAGUACUGCAAAUUUGAUGUAUAGACAACUAAUAAGUAUGUUUGAAGAGUCUCACAGAUUUGAAGAAUAUGUAGUUAAUGACGAUACUGAAUUCUAUUAUAGCAAGUUUCCUUCAUUAAGUAAUUUAUCAGGAUGGAAUAUUAAUGGAGUUCUUAUUUAUAUUUUAAGUUAUAGAGUAAAACUGAUGGAAUGUCUUUCUAGAGCAGAGUAUUUACCAUAUGGGCUUGUACUUGAGUUAUUAGAUAUAUUAGAUAAAAUAAAAGAUCAGCUCAAUUACAAUGGUUUUUUAAAUAGAGAGGAAUUUUGCAAAUUUUCGAAAGUUUUGUAUUUGGAAAAAAGUGAAUUAUGUAGUGCAAAUUCAUGCAUAAAUAUUGAAGAGUAUUAUUUACUUCAAAACAAACUUUAUACUUUAAAGGAGUUUAUUUUAAAUAGAGAAUCAAUUGGCAAAGAAGGUGUUUCAAUAUUUUUAAGUGAUGAAUCAUACGAUAUAUCUAAUUGUGAUGAUGAUAAUAUAAACACAAAUUACUCAUUAGUAGGUCUUAAGUAUCAAGUAGAAUCUUUUAAUCCGUUAAUAGAUGACAUUUUGACUAAGACAAAGAUACUACAUCCUUUAAUGGAAAAUACUUUAAUGUAUCAAGAGGAAAUCAACCAAUGGACUUAUAUUGCUCAUACUAUUAUUAAAGAUUUAGAAAAAAGAAGUGAAGUAAAAAAUUCUGAUAGUAAUGAUACUGAAAAGUCAUUUAUAUUGAAAAAAAGUAAGCACAACUUACAAUACCCAUAUUGGCUACCAGAUAAAUUAAACUAUCCAAGUUUAAUAUAUAUCAUUGAUAAUCUUCUAUUUUAUUAUUCUAAGUAUUUUAUUAAAAUUGGAUUUACCAAUAUAGAUAUCAUUGAUUAUUCCAAUAAUUUAAUUCAAAUUAAAAUUAAUUUAGAAAAUAUUGAAAAAUCAAUAAAUAGCAUUUUAGAACUAGCUAAUAAUCCUGAAACAGAAAAUCAAAUCAAAGAGGAAAGUAAAAUAAAGAGAGAAUCCCCAAUAAUUCUAGAUAUGGAUGAAAUUAUUAAACCUCCACUACUUGGUGAAAAUAAAAUAAAACAAAUUUCAAACCAAAUAGAUUAUUACUCAAUAGAAAAUUAUCCACCACCUACUCCAAAUGUAAAAAAAAUUAAUGAGCUUAAAGUAUGGAUUAAAAAAAGAGAUGAUUUGAUUGUAAAUAUUCUUACAAAAAUAACCAAAUUACAUAAACUUCCCAAAAAUAAUAUAAACUCUGAUAAAAAUAAUAAAGAAUUCAGAAUUGAUAAUACAACAAACAUACUUAACGAUAAUGUGAAGUUCUUGGAAUAUUUGAAAGAUUUAAAAGAAAUAUUAUCAAACAAUAGUGAAUAUAUGUUAAACACUAAAGUCUUUUUUAAAGGAUAUUUUGCAUAUUUUACGGGAGUAGUAAGAUACUAUUUUGCAUAUGGUACUAGUAAUAUAUUGGGAUGUAGACCUAAUCACUUCUAUGAAGAAAGUGAAGAUAAUCUAGAAAUUAAAAUUGGAAAUUCUGAAAAUUUUUUUAAAGAUGAAGAGAAACCAAUUAAAAGACAAAAACUUCAGAUGCAAUUAUCAGAUAAUCAAGUAUCUCAAAAUAAUGAAUUUAAUAUCUCAGUUACAGAUAAUACUAAAAAGAACUUAACUUAUAACUUAUAUAAUUCAAACAAGAAAAUUCAAUUAAAUUUUGUACCAACUAUUCAAUAUAAAGACCUGAUAAGACUUUAUAGAGAAUGUAAUGUUUGGAUAUCAAAUGUAGAUCAGAGCCAAGAGUUAAAAAAGUCUAUUGAAUAUCACUUACUUGAAUCUUUUAUAAAUCAUGGAUCAAAAAUAAUUAAUAAAAUAACCAGUUUUGACGAUAAUAAAGAAGUUAAUACAUCUAUAAUUAAUUAUUGCCUUCUGCAUUUUAUAUAUCCAUUAAUUCCUAUAGGUCAAAAUGAAAGUCCCAAACAUUGUCCUUGCUUGGCUUUAUUAGAUAUUCGUGAAUUAUUAGAUGAUUACAAUAAAAUAUUAUGUGAAAAAUUGGAAUUUAUAAUGGAAGAAGUAAUUGAAUCUAAUACAGCUAAUAUAUUAAAAGAAUUUAAUAUUUCAUAUAAAACUUAUCUUGUCACUCUUAUAAAUAUUAAUAUUUUUACUAAAUAUGAUGGUAAUUUAUUAUAUAGUAUUAAAAAUAAAAAUAUAAAAAAUGGAAAUAAUCAAUAUCAUAAAAUUUGUCAUUUUAACAUCUGCUCAAAUGUAUUAUACCCUGAUAAUAAUGAAUUAAAUUUAAGUAUAAAUAUAGUUGAAUUAUUUAGACUACUUCAAAAUAAUACAUGCAAUUUCUCAAUAAACAUAAGUUGGCCACAUAUACCAUUAUCAUUACCUCUUACAAUUAAAUCUUGUAUUUAUUAUAUUAGAAAUUAUAUAAAACAAAUAUGGGAAUUCCUCCUAUUUUCAUAUAAAAUACCCGAGUUAUCUAUAAAUUCCAUUAACCAAUAUAUUAAGAAAAUAGAUCAUGAAAUAUUUACAAAAUCUCACAGUAAUGAAAAGUUUAAUAAUAAAAAUAUGUCAUCUAUUUUUGCAAAAUAUCUGGAUAAAUCUUUUAACUAUCAUAUAAAACAUCUUGCUAAAUUUGCUAUAAUGAAUUAUCAUAAACUUAUAAAUAUUCAUCAUUUUUAUAAUCGUGAUAUUAUUGAUUCCAUAAACCAACACAAAUAUUUAUUUAUAAAUAAAUGGGGUUAUUAUGAAGAUCACAUUAAAAAUAUUCAAUCUGAUAAUAUAUCUGAAGAUGAAGAAUAUUCUGUAGAACAAUAUCAAAAGGAUAUCCAAGAACAAUCAAGUGAAAAUCUUAGUAACACAAAUUUACUUCUUCAACAUCCAGGAUUUCAAGUUCUAAAUCAAAUAAGUUUUAUUUGGUUAGGAUGGUUAUCUAUAUACCCACCAGGAAAACAGCAUAUUUCUAAACAAUAUUAUGAAAUAUCUAAUUAUGAAAUUCCUAUAGGAUUAUUUCCAAUAGGAAAUUCUAAUAUGACAUUAAGUAGUGAAAUUAUAAAUGAAAUUCAAAAAUCUUACAAACUUAUAUAUACUAAUCAAGUAUGUAAUCUUUCAGAUCUUAAAUUAAAUAAAAAAAGUUCUUUUGUUCUUAUAUCAGCUCCAUGGUCUAAAAGUAAAAAUAUACAAGAUAACCAAUUAAAUCAUUUAUUAUCUGAACUUGUAUCUUUAAAUUCUAAAGGUGAAAAGUUAAAAGUAAUUCAAUUCUUAUCAAAAUAUGAAUAUAAUACUCAAAAUUCCGAUAUUAUAGAUGACAGUUAUUUUAAACUAUGGUUACUUCCUAGUAUAAAUCUAACAACUACAUUUCAUACCAAAAAGAAUCCUCCAAUCUCGUGUUAUUAUAUGAUUGGUAUCUUAGAAUAUAUUCAGAGUUCCUGUAAGGAUCAUUAUUCUAAUGAACAUGAAGAGUUACUUUAUGAAAUGUUACCAAGUGUACAACAAGUCUAUAAAAUAGCAAAAUUCUAUCAUGAUAAACUUUAUAAGUGUGAAACAUGCUUAGAAUUCUUAUUAGAUACAGAAACUCCAGAAUUCGACAAAAUUUGCAAUGAGACAAUCAUAAAUAAUGAAUUCAAUACAAAUCAAAGUUAUAAGUCAAAUCUAAACACAUCUGAGGAGACAGUUAAAACCAAUUUUAAUAUGUUUUCAUCUGCUGGUACAUUGUUAUCUAGUUUAUUAUCUAUAAGUAAUGUAAAUAAAGACCAUAAUGAUGAAACAUUUUAUGACUAUUCUAAAAAUUCCGAAAUAUUCACAUUAAAACAGUUGGCAACUUCAUUAAAAAAGAAGGCUCAAAAUACAUCUAUUGAUUAA